GCAAGCCGGCGAUUGCUCAUCGGGAUCUUAAAUCGCGCAACAUCCUUGUUAAGGAUGAUGGCGAAUGUUGCAUCGGAGAUCUGGGAUUCGCGGUGAAGCUGGACUCCGUUUCUGGCCACCUGGAUGUCGCUUACAACCCAGAGCGAGUCGGUACCAAGCGUUACAUGGCGCCAGAAGUAUUGGAUAAUAGUUUGCGCCAGUCCUCUUUCGAGGCCUACAAACAGGCUGACAUGUACAGUCUGGGGCUCGUGUUCUGGGAGCUCACGCGCCGUUGCUAUGUACCUGAUCUCUACGAGCCUGAGGAAUACCAGCUGCCAUAUCAGAAGGACCUCGGACAUCAGCGAAAGCUCGUCAACCCAGACGAUCCCAUUAAGCCCAACAUUAGUGUGCGUGGUCUGCCGCCUGAAGAAUCUCUGCCGCGGGGCGUCUUUGUCUUCCAAGCCAACCGAGGUGUCGGGGCCCCACAGUCUGCGGAAGACGAUCACGCGAAGCGAGAAACCCAAGAGCAGUCACUACCGCCCCAGCAGAGUAUUGCCGAGACCCCAUCAGUCGAUCCGAAUGUGUUACCGGAAGCUGUUAAACCU